CCUCGGCGGGGUAUCUGUAGUUUAUGUAACUACCUACCUAGAACUUCUUUUUUCCAAGUCACAUUCUGUAACUUGCAGUUAUUCCUGAGCUGCUGUACCAAUUUUACUUGACCAUAAUCUGAACAGCACAUAAAAUGUCACAAGAAUUCGCGCCUCUCAAGAACGACUUGUUGCUUCGCGCAGCAUGGGGUCAGACCAUUGAACGUCCUCCUAUGUGGGUGAUGCGACAAGCCGGCCGCUAUCUACCGGAGUAUCACGAAGCCAAGGGUAACCGAGACUUCUUCGAAUGCUGCCGUGACCCUGAAGUCGCAACCGAAAUCACCCUCCAGCCUGUCCGCCGAUUCGCAGGUCUCAUCGAUGCCGCCAUUAUCUUCUCCGACAUUCUUGUCAUCCCCCAGGCAAUGGGUAUGACUGUUGAGAUGGUUGAGAAGAAGGGCCCUCAUUUCCCGAACCCGCUCCAGAACCCCGACGACGGACAGUACGGCCAGGUGCUCGCUAAGAACGUCGAUGUUGCUGCUGAGCUCGGCUACGUGUACGACGCUAUCACACUGACACGCCAGAAGCUUGAGGGACAGGUGCCCUUGAUUGGCUUCUGCGGCGCUCCCUGGACGCUGUUCUGCUACAUGGUCGAGGGUGGUGGCACCAAGCUGUUUGCGCAGGUCAAGACAUGGAUCUACAAGUAUCCUGAGGAGUCGAAGAAGCUUUUGACCAAGAUCGCCGAUAUCUGCGUGGAUCAUCUGGCACUUCAAGUCAAGGCUGGUGCUCAGCUGGUGAUGGUCUUCGACUCCUGGGCAGGAGAGCUCGGCCCUUCUUCUUACCGUCAAUUCUCUGAGCCCUACUUGAAGCAAAUCGCCGAGAAGCUUCCUGCCAAGCUCCAGAGCCUCGGCUUGGAGAAGGUUCCCAUGACCGUGUUUCCCAAGGGUGCUUGGUACGCACUCGACUCUGCCUGCGAUCUGGGUUAUAAUGUAGUUGGCAUGGACUGGUUGCAUGAUCCCAAGGAGGCCGUCAAGAUCCGAGGCGACCGCAACAUUGUGUUCCAGGGCAAUGCUGACCCAGGGGUACUGUAUGGCACCAAGGAGGCUAUCACCAAGGCCGUGGAGGAGAUGGUCGAGGGCUUCUGGGUCGGAAACAAGGGCUGGAUCGCCAACCUUGGCCACGGAAUUACACCUGGCGUAAACCCUGAUCAUCUCAAGCACUACUUCGAGGAGAUUCACCGAUUGACCAAAAAGAACUAGGGGGGAAAACCCACUGUGUGCUGUGUUGAAGGCGUAUUUUGAGAUACCAUGUGUCUAUGCUGGGUUGAACAUCAAAGUAAAUAAGAGAGGGCAUCAGAAAAGCAUUGUAGAGAAUACCAGUAGACACGAAAAAAAUGUAACAUACUAGUAAAACAGCAUGGCCAAGGUACUGAGAAAAAUAACACUUUAAUUGUAAAUCAUUUAAUUCAUGGGAACCAUUGGUAUCUUGACUUUUGCUUUUCCUCCUUUUCACCGUUGUCCUGUACCUUGACCCGUCCU